CUACGCCUGGCCGGUCAGUGCGAGGAAGAAAUAUCAACAAGCCAGUAUGAUUACGCCGUCGACAUCCAAACUCGCCCGCGCCGUCCCCUUCACGCCCAGGCGGCCGGCAUCCACUUCAUCAAGCUCAGACAUUCCCCGCGCUACCACACCAUCCAUCCUCGGAACAACAGCCAAAAAAUACAAGGCAGCAUUAUCAGCAGAGUCGCGCCUCCGAACCAACAAGUCUUCCUCACCCGUAUUGCUUUCCCCCGUUCCUGGGUCACCACCUAAAUCAUCAUCCUACGAUGGCACACGGCCAAAGACACCCUCCACGCCACGCGGCACGAGUCCAAAUCCCGCCAUUUUCAUGAGUCCAGGCGACAUGUCUAUGGAUGUCAGCAGAGUCGAUCCGGAGGAGGUGCUCGUAGAUUAUCAGACUGUUGAGCCCGGAGAUGUGUCAGGGGACUUGGAAGAUGACAGUCAAACACCUGACUAUGGAAAGGAAGACAAGGUUCUCGUAUCUAUUCGGUACAUACGUCGUCUCGCUUUGAGAGACCGCGACGUUCUUACCCUUCUCCCAGCAUUCGCCCUGCGACCGGUCACCAGGCCUGGGAUGCAUCAAUACCGAAAAGCAUCAAACUCCUUCCGCAACAUGCAAAGUCAACGCUGAAUGCCCCUCCCGAAUUUCAUUUUGAUGAGGUCCUAACAGGAUCAGAGAACAAACCUGUUUACAACGCUGUCGCAAGAAGUCACGUAUGUGCCGCCAUGGAGGGUUACAAUGCAGUGAUAUUCGCCUA